AUGGGACAUUAUUUGAAUAGAAAGCAGAAUGGGGUAGUUGGUUGGGGUGCCCUCAAGUUGGACAUGACAAAGGCUUAUGAUCGUAUGGAGUGGUCAUUCCUUCGCAGGAUGUUGUUGGCUCUGGGUUUUGCUGAUGAUUGGGUAAAUGGUGAGAUCAUUGGGCAGGUCUCCCCGACUCGAGGAAUUCGACAAGGAGAUCCGCUCUCACUAUAUUUGUUCAUCAUUUGUGCAGAGGAUGAUAGCCUCUUGUUCUUCAAAGCCAAUGCUCAGGAAGCUGGGGUUAUUAAGCAAUGUUUGAACAAGUAUGAGGCAAUGUCGGGGCAGGCUGUUAAUUUUCACAAAUCUAGUGUGUGUUUUAGUAGGAAUACGUCUGUGGCUGACAGGGACGAAGUGGCAGCGGUUGUGGGUGUUAAUCAAGCCCCUAACUUUGGUAAAUAUCUGGGUCUGCCUUCCUUUGUAGGGAGAAAUAAGAAGGCUGUUUUAUCGUACAUUGAGGAUAAAAUCCGACACAGGAUUGGCUCAUGGAAUAAAAGGCUGCUUUCUCGGGCUGGUAAGGAGGUUCUCUUGAAAAGUGUGGCACAAGCUAUGCCUACCUUUUCUAUGAGUGUUUUCUUGCUCCCUGAGUCAGUCUGUCUGUCAAUUGAAAGAGUCAUGAAUCGAUAUUGGUGGGGUUCAGGAGGUGAUAGAGGCAUUCAUUGGAAGGCAUGGGAUCGUCUAUGUGUCCCUAAAAAGUAUGGUGGGUUGGGGUUUAAGGAGCUAAGGGCUUUUAACCUGGCAAUGCUGGGCAAAUAA